GGGAACUGACGUCUCUUGGAAUAUAUAAAACACUCCCUUGGAGUUUAGAGCCUGUGAGCUUGGUGGGGAGAUUUAGCUGCUUGUCUUCUCGUAACUUGAUGCAAGUCAUGUGUUAAGUACUUGUCCCUUCAGCUGCAAAGUCAGUUGCCCUUAUUCAAGCUUCUCUCAGGAAGAUCAGUGAGUCUGUUGGGACCAAGAAGGGAGAAAAAAGCAUCAGGCCUUGCAGCAAGUAUAUUUUUACCCUGUCUGCCUGCACCCUGACAAAGGAGAGGAAUGGGCUGUAACAUAAACUGUGGGCUUCUCACUGGGGCCAUCAUCGGUGCUGUGCUGGCUAUCCUUGGAGGAGUUCUGAUACCAGUUGGAGAUAAUCUUAUAGGCAAAGCAAUAGAAAAGGAAGCUGUCAUUACAAAUGGUACCAUUGCUUUUCAAAAUUGGCUUGUGCCAGGAAGUUCAGUUUACAGGCAAUUUUGGAUUUUCCAUGUACAAAAUCCUGCAGAUGUGUUAGAGCAAGGAGCACGUCCAAAACUUGAACAAAGAGGACCUUACACAUACAGGGUGCGAUAUUUACCCAAAGAAAAUGUCACGGAAAACUCUGACGGCACAAUAUCCUACAUGCUGCCUAACAUUGCUCUUUUUGAACCUGAAAUGUCUGUUGGGACAGAAAAUGAUACCAUCACCUGUCUCAACCUUGCCGUUGUUGCUGCACCUUCCUUGUACACAAACACAUUUAUACAACUACUAUUAAACACUUGGAUUAAAUCUUCUAAGUCAUCCAUGCUACAGAACAGAACAGUGAAAGAAUUACUGUGGGGAUACAAAGACCCAUUCUUAAACAAGGUCCCCUUCCCCUUGGACCCAGUUCUGGGAGUCUUCUACCCGUAUAACGGGACAUUCGAUGGACUUUACAAAGUCUAUACUGGGAAAGAAGAUAUUAAGAAAACAGCAAUAAUUGAAAGCUAUAAAGAGAAAAGGAAUCUUUCAUACUGGGAAGGUCACUGUGAUUUGGUUAAUGGCACAGAUGGGGCAUCAUUCCCACCAUUUGUUAAGAAGGAUCAGGUACUGCGCUUCUUCUCCUCUGAUAUUUGCAGGUCGAUCUAUGGGGUUUUCCAGGGCAAGCAGGAUGUGAAGGGAAUCACACUCUAUCGUUUCACAGUUCCUCGUGAAGCAUUUGCAUCGCCUGCUGAAGUCGAAGAUAAUUAUUGCUUCUGCAAAGAUAAAGUUAUAUCAAAGAACUGCACAAUAGCUGGAGUCCUAGACAUUAGUGCCUGCAAAGCAAAAAGGCCAGUAUUUAUCUCUCUUCCGCAUUUUCUUCAUGCAAGUGAGUCUAUAUUGCAUGAUGUUGAAGGCCUGAGCCCAAAUGAGAAGGAGCAUGAGACGUUUCUAGAUGUAGAACCUAUCACUGGUUUUACGCUACAAUUUGCGAAAAGGCUGCAAGUAAACCUUCUUGUGAAGCCUGCAGCAAAAAUUGAAGCUUUAUCAAAAGUUAAAGAACCUUAUAUUUUCCCCCUUCUUUGGCUAAAUGAGUCUGCUGUUAUUGGGGAUGAGAAAGCAGAAAUGUUCAGAAGUAAAGUCACCGGUCGGGUCCAGAUGCUGAGUAUUCUGCAGAUGGCCUUAAUGAUUGGAGGUUCUGUGUUGUUCGUUGCAUUCAUGGGUUCCUAUUUCGUAUGCAGAUCAAAGAAAUUAAAAUAAGUAACAAAAGACUUCAGAGGUAGUCAGUGUUUAACUGAAAUUUCAGCCAAGCAGCAUGUUAAAAUUCAGAGACAAAAGGUAUGAUUCAAGGCACAGUCAGUCCACAUGCUAUGCAAUUCAACAUGCUUUUCCAUUUUGAGAAGACCAACUCACUAACCCAAAUGAGCUGAUGUUUCCAAAGGUCUACCACACUUCUGACAUCACUAAAGAGGCCACCAUGGAAACUAUGCUUUCAAAUAAUUCUGAUUAUUUGAACUUUGUUACAAACUUUAAAUGACAUUCAAGCAGACUGAAGUUGAAGUUCAGCUGGAUUUUAGUCCACCUUCUGCCAUUUAUGCAACUUGCUACGUUUUUUUCUUCUGGGAUGUGCAAGACAAUUGAAAGCCAUUUGCUGAUGUUCUGUCUCUGAGCACAGGCUGGGAAUGACAACACCUUUGAGCUCAUGCUGUGCUCUAGAUGCUCUCAUUGCAAUAUUUCUUUCUGUUCCUUAAAGGAAUGGAAGUUGCUGCAACAGAACUGCUCUCUAUCCUCUAUUCAGGGAUGUGAAUUGCGUUGAAUGUGAAGUUUAUUAUGUAAAGUUACUGUUAUACAUGAAGUUAAUAAAAAGACUUACUAAAAUACGUGGUUUAUACAUUUUAUAUGGAGAUGGCUCAGACAGGACACGACACAGUCAUUCAUAUGGUGAUGGAGCUCAUCAACAUUUGGCUCCACAGCUGUUUAGUUAUCUGAACCACUCCCUAAUUCCCAAGCUGCUCCACUGCUCUUUCUGUUGCCUCCUGUGUGCUUUACUUACUGGCUCUUGCUUAAACACCAGCCUCUGCUCUGCCCUAAACCCCGAUUUGCCCAAGGCCUCCCUUAGAGAAUGAUCUGAUAUGUUACCUUUGAGGUUAAGAGAAAAUAUUCCAGAAUGCUCCAGAUAUAGGAAAGACUGAGGUAAUGAUUUUGAUUGAACACCAGAAGGUACCACUUCCUUGCUAUAGAAGAACAUAAAUGAAAACAGGUAGCCCCAAUUCUUCACUGAUGAAUCAUCUGCCACAAGGAAAUUUGUAUAACCAUUUGUUUAAUGAAGUGCAUCAGCCCGUAGACAAAUAGCAAACACUGCCAUCUGCGUAAAUCAUUCACUUUUUCAUCUAAUCUGUAUGCCAUAUCUUAGAAAUGACAGUCAAUGGGGCAGAUAUUGAGUGUUGUGGGGUCUUUCCUUCCCUGAAUUCAGAAAGACAGCCAGAGUUCAGCACUUUCUAAGAUCUCUUCUUGGACCUUUUAUCCCCUUAAAGAAGAGCUGCAAAGAAAAAGGAAAACCAAACAUGGCUAGCCUCUCAUAGCCUGGUGCUUGGAAAUAAUGCUACAAUGGACUUUAAACCAGAAAGGUUUGCCUUGCUAGUAAAGGACAGUAUCUUUGGCUUGUUAUCUUUAGUAAGGUGUGUUCACUUUUUGCAAAUAAAGGGGAAAACCCAGCAGACUAAAAUGCUGUUGUUUUAAACCCCUGCUCCUUGCGAACAAACUUGUACAGCUAUCAAAAGAGCUGAUGAGUCACAGAAAUCCUAAGAGAUUAUUCUUGAAGGUAAGGUCUGUGUGGUGCAUGACUGCACUCUUUCUCCAGCUGUGAGCUGGAAAUGCAAAGUAACAGGGCAGGAGACAUGAAGGAGGCAUGACCCUCAAGGGAAACUCCGCUCUCACUUAGAGCACCUGUGCAUUUGAUUACUCACCAUGUUUGCUAGUUAAUGAAAAACAAGACCUUUCUCUUGUGUCUACAUUAUUACUGGUGUCGUAUGUGAUGCUCUGUUCCUGUAUUAGUCUGGGGACAGUUUGACCCAGCUGAAGGACCUAGAGUCCUAUGGACUGGCCAAAAAAGUAUGAGGACAGCUAAAGUCAUUCAGUCACCUUCUUCUCUGAAACAAGCACACCUCUGUUGUGGUUCAAGCAAGUUUUUAUAAUAAAACUAGUCUUUAGAGCCAGAAUCUAACAGGGAGAUCUUUUGACAAAAGGAACCACAGCAAUGCUCCUGUAAUUUUUGACACUAGCAUUUCAGCUUAAUUUUUUUUAGCUUCAAGUCCAUUGUCAGCAAGUUAGUGUUUGCUCUACUAGUGUUGUUUAGUGCUCUGUGGUGAUCCAGCAGCAGCAAUCCAGCAAACCAGGCCAUGAUUUUAAAUGUCUCAGGGCCCAAUUUUUCAUGCACACAAAUACGUUUGUUCAUAUGUAUAAUCUCAUUGACCUUAAUGCAGGUUUGGACUUUUAAACUAUGUUCAGCACCUAGUCUGCACUUGAAUUAUAAUUCAUAGUUAUUUUGUCCAAAACAUCAGUUACAGUUAUUGUUAUUCAUGUUAUUAAGGCUAAUGUUAAGUAUUUACAUUUGUUCAAACAGUGCAGGAUAAACAUUUAUUAGAAAUGUUAAUGAACUCAAUGCAAAUAAAAUAAAGCUGAAACUCUUUUUUCUCAGAUCUUCAUGUCUAAUUGUAAAUAAAGUCUUUAGUGUUGAAUAAUAAAGUCCUUGUGUUUAUCUUCUUG